AUGGUUCUUCUUUCUCCAUAUACAUUUGGUUUGUCAUUGGCAUUUACUCCGGCGGCUGCCACGGUAGGAGCCAUAGCAGGAGGUAUAGGUGGAGGUGCAACAGGUCUUACGGCCGGAAUUAUAGCCGAUAAUAUUUCAAAUGCCGAAAUAACCAAAAUGAAAGGGGAAAUAAGCGUCUUUUUGGAGGACUACAAGAAAAUGAUGGAGCAGAUUUCUCGUGAUUGCCAAAACGAGACUCAAAAAGAACAUUACGACAAUGAAACUAAAGAUCGAAAAAGUGAGCGGGAACAGUUGUCUGGUCUGUCGAUACCAGAUGCCACGCCGCCGAGGCAAGAGGCGGCAAUAAUGACUUAUUCUGAAAUCUUCUUUAAGCCGCAAAAAUCCUCAUUUGCGGCUGGUGAGUCUAAUAAUUGA